AUGAGCGAUGAAAUCUUUUCAAUAUCCGUAUAUGGGACUUCCGAAUUGAACUGCCGAAGCUCCAUGAAGAACGUUGCCUGUAAAGUUUCUAUAGUUAACACUAUUACAGGAACUCUUGUCACCAAAUCAGAUGUUAAUAGAAAAGUAAUUUCUGUACGUGAAGCUCAAAACAGUCAAUAUAUUUCACCUAUUGUAACUAAGUAUAUCGAUUCAGCCCGCUUAUCAUCGCCAAUAUUCAAAUGGAAUGAAACUUUUAUUUAUAACGAACUUUAUUCAUAUAUUACGAAACCAAAUUUAAUGUUUAUUUUUGAAAUCAUUGACUAUACUAUAUAUGAAGGAUGCAAGCAAUUCUGCCCAUUAGCGUGGGGUUAUUUAAAACUUCGAAAUCUUGAUGGAAAACUCGUUAAUGCAGAUUCUCCUCGAAAUAUACAAUUAUACGAAUACCCUCAAGGAUAUCAAUUAACGAACCAUUCAACAAUUGUCAAAUGUUGCGAUUUAAUCAACAAAAGAGUUAAUAUUGAUUGUAUUUUACGAGUUUGCAUUAAACCAGUUCAACCUCAGCAGUUUGUAACUAUUACCAAACGUCCUAAGUCUGUUUUUGAAAAAGAAGUCGGAGAAGUGGAUAUUCAUGAAUUAAUUAAGACAGAAGAAGAAGAUUCACUAUCAAUUGCCAUAGAACAUAGCGACAUUGAUAAUGAGCCAGCCUCACAAUGCAUUCUUCCAAGAGUUUUGAAAACGCAAUUAUAUCCUGGCGACCACGGGGCUCUCUACCUUACAUUUAAUCAUGCAGGCACAAUGUUAGCUGCCGCAGUUCAUAAGGAUCAUCAAUACUAUAUAGAUUUGAUUAAUACUGCAACAUUCAAAUUAAUUGAUUCAUUUCCAGCACACAUUGAGACUAUUUAUGAACUAGAAUUUUCCAAAAACGACAAUUUACUGCUUUCUGUAUCUGCUGAUUGCUCAGCCAAAGUUUGGACUGUGGAAGGUCCGCACAAACCUUUAAUUAUGCCACAUUCCAAAUUUGUAUACACAGGCAAGUUUCAUCCGAUUGACAACAAUCUUAUAUUUACUGCCGGAUAUGAUGGGAUCAUUUAUGUAUGGGAUUACAACCAAAAAAAGUGUUUCAAACAAUUCAUAGGGCAUAAAACUAGAAUUAACUCAAUGACUUUCUCUCCAAAUGGCAGAAGACUAUAUUGUGGCGAUUCUUCUGGCGUAAUUUCAGUUUGGAGGACAGUUAUUGAGAAUGGAGAACUAAAAUUCUCAAACAAAAGAUUUUUAGUUGAUGACGAGAUUGGAAAUACGCCAAUAUCCCAUAUGGAAAUGGUCCGCUCGAAUUUUUGUUUACUAAUUCAUACUCAUGAUGAUGUUAUUAGGGUUUUCGAUACAAAGGCUAUGACUACAACAACAAGAUAUAUUGGCGCAAAGUGUAGGCGCUAUUUAAUAAGAUCAACAUUCUCCCCUGAUGGUCAAUUCAUCAUUUCUGGAUCAGAAGAUGGAAACAUAUUAAUUUGGACAGUUAAAUCUCCGAAAUCAUCUAACACAGUUCAAUGGACAAAUAAGUUUAACAAACCUGUGACGAGCCUUGCUUGGAAUCCAAAGAGGAAUAUGAUUGCAAUCUCCUCUUUCGGUGAGGGGCAGCCAAUACUAAUUUUCGUUGAUCCUGAUGAGUCAGAAUUUGAUUUGUCAAAUGUUGAAGAAGUUUCUAUGAAAUCAGAAGAAUCAGAUCAAUUCUAA